ACAGAACGAAUCAUAUAUGUACACAAACAUACAGUGACGUUGAAUUUGUUUUGACCUACGUACCUUUAUUAUGUACAAAAAUAUAAUAUCGUAUGUAAUUUCUCAUUGUAGUUUAUAAAAAAUUAAGAAAUUAAUUAAUUAUCUUUCUUGUGAACUUUAUUCAAAAUAAAAAGUUUUGAAAUUUCAAUAACAUCCAUGAUAAUUCAUUGUAAGUUUGCAAUUUGUCAUUGGAUGAGUAAACAAAAUUGAGAUAAAACUUGGAUUCGUGCUUAUUAAUUUGGUUUAAAAAUUUGAUGGAUAAAAAAAACGGGAAUUCAAAGGAUGAAUGGGGAGCAGAAGUUGGCUCUCACAUCCAAAGAGUCUCUAUGAAUAAUUUAAUAAUGAAUUAUUUAGUGACAGAAGGAUUCAAGGAAGCGGCUGAAAAAUUUCAGCAAGAAUCUGGAGUUGGUCCGACAAUUGAAUUGAAUUCUAUGGAUGAUAGGAUUCGUAUCAGAGACGCUGUACAAAAUGGACGUAUCCAAGAAGCGACUGAUUUAGUCAAUCAACUCCAUCCGGAGUUACUUGACAAUGACAGAUAUUUAUAUUUUCAUCUGCAGCAAUUACAUUUAAUAGAGUUAAUAAGAACUGGACGGAUUGAAGAAGCGUUACAGUUUGCCCAGGAACAAUUAAGCGAAGCUGGUGAAUCAGAUGACAAUAUUCUGAGUGAAUUAGAAAGAACUCUUGCUUUAUUAGCUUUUGAAGAACCACAGAAAAGUCCAUUCAGUGAUUUACUGCAUCCAUCUCAUAGACAAAAGAUUGCUAGUGAAUUAAAUACAGCUAUUUUGAAAAUGGAACACAGAGAAUCAACAAAUCCAAGAUUAAAUAAUUUAUUGAAAAUGAUUCUAUGGGCGCAAGAUGAAUUAGAUAAGAAAAAAGUUAAAUAUCCAAAAAUGACAGAUUUGGGAAGUGCGACUAUCGAGAGUCCUAAGUAACCGAAUUCAAAUGAGGACUAUUGAGAGCAUUAUCAGACAGUGCCUUCACUUUUUAAAAAUAUGCUAUGACUUUCAACUGUCACUAUCAUAUCAAAAUACUAUUAAUUAAUUAAAAAAAAAUUAAAACCUUAAUUGAAAAAAAGACGUCGUUGCAAUUUCGCCGAGACAGAAUUAAAAAAAAAUUACUUACAGUUGUCACCAAUUAGGAGUUAAACAAAGUUUUGAAAGUUCGAAUUAUAAAAUUGACAUGAAUUUACUAAAAUUUAUUUAUCGAAUUUCGUUCAACUCCCAAUUGAUAUCAACUAUAAGUAAUUUUUUUUAAAUCUCUAUCUCAGCAAAACUGUCCUUUUUUCAAUUAAUAUUUUAAUUCUUUUUUAAUUAAUUAAUAAAACUUUAAUACGCUAAUGACAGUUGUCAUUGAAAUUUUUAAAAAAAUAGGGAUACUGUCAGAGAAUGCCCUUAAAUAAAUCGAGAUCUAUUCAAUAAUAAUAAUAGUUUGAAAAUCAUUUAUAUAUAUAUAUUUAAUAUUAAUAUUAGUCUUAAAUGUAGCUCAGGAUUUUUUCAUGUGAAAAUAACUAGGGGUGAUUUAAAUUUCUGCUUUAUUAUUCGUUUUAAUCUAGAUUGGUUUUUUUUUCCUUGUUCAUCAUAAUGUAAAUUAUUUCAUCUGUAUUCGAUUUGCGUAAGAUAAUAUUUGAAUACUAAAAGAAAAUGAAUUAUAAAAUAUUGUUUGAAAAAUUAUGAAAUAUUAUUUAAUAUAAAGAAUCUAUAAUCGUCGAUAAUUGUAUCAUAUCGUACAUGGUAAUUAAAA